AUGCGUCCUUCGGGCUAUCGUACGGCAGACGACUAUCUGGCGGCUAAGCAAUUUGCUGAAAAGGCCAAGGGUUCUCCACGCGAUCCAUCCAAGCCGUCCUCCUUGUUUGAGGCUUCAAAGAAGUUUAGCCCUGUUGCGACUCUCCCCGCCAACGAUUCCGAGUCCCCAAAUGAGAGAUUGACGCACACAGAGAACGGAAGAAUUGUGGCUGCCAGCGAAGACUCGAACGCACUGCUGCGAAAAUCUGGGGUGUCUACCAACAGGCCUGCCCUGGAAUUGACCAUGUACAUUCUGCUUGGACUCUUUGUCCUCAUAGCUCUGAUCUUUGCCGUAAACUGCGGUGCCAUGGUAGCUCGCUACAGGUGGGAGCAUGCUCGCAUUGCCAAGGAGGCCUACCGGCUUCAGCAUCUCUCGGAGUUGGCCAUGAACGGUCACAAUGAGGACUCCGCAAUGGAAAGUUCAGGCCCAACUGUAGCCCAAGACUACCAUUCUUCACAUUCUGAGUUCUUUACUGAGCCGGCUGUUAUCAACUCCCCUAGCGACUGGAAAACUGCCUUCCUUUCUGUCUGGAGAACCUUCGGGAGACGUUUUAGUAGAAGAGUCGACUCGAAUCAACCCAUGAGUGCGGAUAAUGACUGGGUAUGGCUGGGUCGCGAUGUACUCGAACGUCGGACGAAGACCAUACCAUCGUCCAGAGGCGUUACCAAGUUAGACCUCCUCCAGGACGCCGAACAGCAAGAAGAGGAGGAGGAGGGUGCGGCAGCGGCAGCGGGGAGGUCGAUACGUAAUUUACCUCAGCACAAGGACUCCUGGACGGAGAAUUGCCUUUUGGCUGAGCCUCCGGCGCCAUGUUCUUCAGUCCUACUCACGGAGGCUGUAGUUUUGCCCAUGCAGACCUCUUCGGACUUCUCCUCAGCUGGCGCCGACUAUCACUUUUGCCGACAAAACACCCUUCAGAGACCAUCAGCGCCAGGCAGACCUCCCCAGCUGCGUUCCAACGAUGAGGGCUACACCCGUCUACUGAGUGGUUCCGCCAAUCGAUGCCAGGACAAGUCACAAAUGGCUUUACCAGAGUCCACGAGCAAAGACCCAAAACCAAAUAAACUGCAUUUUUAUGAUUCCUCCGCCCCUGCCACAACCUUCUCGCCCUCCCAUCCACAAAAAUGGCAAGAUAAUGAAAACUUUUUUAUUCGUUUUCCGGAGACUGACACAAAGACUGCCUGUGGUCCUCCCUACGCAUCGACUGCCUACAACUCUCGAUCCCGGCGAAGAACUUCACGUCCUGUGUUGCCUCAAGCCGGUGGACCAGGUUGUAUCACUGAUCAGGCGGCCACCUGCUUCGGCAGUGCCUCUAAUCCACUGGGCUCGCAUCACCGUCACUCUGAGAGUCACAGGCAGUUGCUGCACUCCAAUUGGCCACAUCACAUGACAAUCUCUACGCCAUCGCCUUGGGUCCACAGAAAGUACAGUCAGGCGUCAGUCAAUCAGAGAUUUCCGCCGAAAUUGACUCUGACGCCAGAUUUGCAGCGUUCGCCACAGUGUCACUCUUUCGGCUAUCAGACCCUGCCAGCGAGCAACCUGGCUUGGCAGGAGUGCUCAGAUUCAGAGGUGGAUCAACCAGACGGCGCGCCAGUGGAGGCGAACUCUGAAUUCGAAACACCGCCUUCACCGCCCAUACGAACUUCGAGCAAGUUCUCACAGAGAAUAUCUUACAUCAGUUCCGGACAACAUGCCAACCUUUUCCGGCCAGUGAGCUUCCCAAGUAGUGUUAUGGUGCAAAGCCCUUUGGUUAUUAACACGGCCGUCAACGACGUCUACAACCUUCUCGAUUCGGAACCCUCUCUGCAGAAUUCCACCAGGUUGACUGCGCAUAACCGUCACUUUGUGUCGUGUGGAGCCGAAUGCCAAGUUAACGACGAGCAGUGUCCUCGACGUGCAUGGAGUCACAGUCGUAUUUUCCCCUCCAUCUCCGCGACAACUCCGAACAGCACUUCGGAGGACAUUCAGGGCGCUGGCGGAAGUAUCGUCAACUGCCCUCCAUCAGGCGACGCGAAACCCCUUUACAAUCUGCCUGACUGCUGUAAACCACUCGGUCGCGAUUCCAAGGAGACCCAGCUACCGCCCUGCAAAGCCUACAAGGUUGGCUACUGCUACCACCAGAAGGCACAGCCGGAGAAGGAGCGCUCGGUCUACGCGAAUUGCACCUUUGCUCUUUCUCCCAGUGCACUAUCCCGGUAUCACGCCCUAUUGCCUUCGAAGCAAUUGGUCGCCGGUAUGCGGCGGUCGAUAACAUAA